GUGUUGUGGGUAGAGGAACCAGGAUCCCCUGCCGAGGAGCAGUGAAGGUGGUUUGGGUGGGGAUGUGGAGGGCUGGCCGGUCAUGGGCCACUGGGGAAGGUCUCUGCAAAGGCAGCAACCAGCACCCAUUAGCCUUGAGACGGGAUCAGAGCAGCCAUGGCUUCUGGGCCAUCCCUGGGGCCCCUCCCAGCCUGACACCUACCCUGAUGCCUAGAACGCCUACUGAAGAUGCCCCAGGACCACAUCCAGGAGUUCCUGCAGGUGACUCUCAAGCAAGCCUGGGACCAGGAUGACAACAUCAUUGUCAAGCACCUUCAAGCUUCCAAGAGGGAUCUGGCCAAGCGACAAUGCCUCCUGCCUCCCCAGGCAAUGCCUGGCCAGUCCUGCAGCCUGGAUCAGCAGCCUGUCAAUGUCCCUGAGCAGCCAGUUCCUGCCCCCACAACACUGCAGGGCACGGAGUCAGCUCAGGCCCCGGAGCCACUGUGCCCACACCCUGAAUCCUCAGCACCACUCGCUGAGACUCCCCCCGUGGAACCAGCCACGUUUCGCCCCGUCUGUGGAAAAGAUGAAGAGGAGGAAGAGGAGGAGGAGGAGGAAGAGGAGGAGGAGGAGAAAUGCACUGCCAAUGAAGAGCCCUCAGAAGCCCAGCUGCAGCAGUUGCCUCAGGAUCCUGGUGAGUGGCCAGAGGCACCCGGGCCCCCAGCUCCAGGCACAGACCUGCUGACCGACCCCGGUGUCUGCACUGCCCUGCUGGGGAAGGACCACUAUGGGGAUGCGGCUGAGUAUGCUGUGGAGGAAGGGCAGCAGCCCGAUGUCACGGGAGAUACUGUGACCGCCGGGGCAGGACGCCAGGGAGGCUGGGGGACCAGCGAGCAGCAGAGGGCUGUAGGAUGGCAGGCUCCCACAGAAGGAUCCGUCCAUGGACAGUCAGCAGCCCCAGACCGCGAUGCAGUCCCAGAGAAAGGGGUCCAGUAG